UGUUUGAUAGAUCAAGAUUAAAAUAUAGAUAACAUUAAUUAAUUAUUUGAUAGUUUAGAUUAAAAUUUAGACUAAAUAAUAAAAUUACUAUUUUAACCUUGUAUUAAUUAAUUGUUUAAUUUAAAUUAAUUUUUUUUAAAAAAAAUCUAAUAUACAAGUACAGGCUGUACAGCCAUCGUCCAUUAAUUCCUAUCUUCUCCCAAUCCUCCUCCCUCCCCCGACCGCCCCCUCCGGCCAGCCUCCCCCAGCGCCGGCGUCCAUCCCCAACCACAGCGUUGUCUUCGCCCAUCCUUCCCCAGCAAAGAUCCAGAGUUUAGGCUCUAUUUCUAGGUGCGCGAUAGCAACCUUGCCCACCUCCUCGAGAAAUAGUUAAAGGUACAUAGGAAGAGGUUCUUUUGGCGACCUUGAAGGAGUUAGUAGCUGAAGGUUGGAAAUUCGACAACGGAUUUCGUGCUGGCUACUUGAACAAAUUGGAGGAGUCGAUGAAAAAAACAUUUCCAACAACCGACUUGAAAGGCAUGCUGCAUAUAAACUCCAAAACAACGACUUGGAAGAAGAAUUAUAACUCAUUAACGAACAUGUUGAAGAUUACUGGCAUGGGGUUCAACGUGCAUGGCACGCACAUGAUAGAUUGCAUGAAUGAGCAAUGGGAUCGAAGGUGGAUGACAAUGCGAAGAACAUGCGAUAUAAAAGUUGGCCGUACUUUGAUCAAUGGAGUGAAAUCUUCGGGAAGGACAGGGCCACCAAAGACGUCGCUGAAGAUUUAAUGGAGGCAGCACGUCAGAUGUAUCACAACAUCGAUCUCACCCAACCUCAGGACGCUGAUGGUGAUUACCAUGUCACGCUAGAUGAUAUGAAUGAAAAUGUACCUCUUGCUGACAGUGUUAGCCAAACCCAGCAAGCCGAGUCUGAAGUACGCCCUCCUAAGAAAUUGAGAAAGAAGGGUGGCGGGGGCGACAAGAUGUUCGAGUACAUGGCCGAAAUCAGCCGCGACACGAAAACUUCACUUUACACAAUCGCAGGUAGAAUGGGCCAUGAUCAAGAUAUCUCCAAGGCGAGGAAGGAGGUCUAUGCUUAACUGAGUUCAAUCAAUGGAUUGUCCCAAAAAGAUAAGUUCGAAAUAACCAAUAUGUUUGCCAAAGAAGUUGAGCUCCUAGAUGUGUUCACAAGUCUACCCGAAGAUGCGAAGACGAAGUACGUUUACCACCUUCUUGAGGAGAAGAAGAUUAAGUACAACGGUGGAAGUAAUUUGGAGUGAUGGUAUUUUUUUUUCAUAAGACAAUGCAUAUGGAGUGAACUAUGUGAAAGGUGUUUUGUUUUGAACCUGAUUUGUUUCAAUUUAUGCUUCUUUUAUGUUUGAAUUUAUCUAGGAUAUUUGGUUAGUUGGACUUUUUCGAUGCCUUAUUUCCAAAU